AGUCAACGACCUGAAAGCCAGACUGCUGUGGUGGAGUAAAGAGGAGAGGGCCAGAGCAGACGGUCUUUAUCUCUUUCUCUCUCUCUCUCUCUCGCUCUCUCUCUCUCUCUCUCUCUCUCGCUCUCUCUCUCUCUCUCUCUCGCUCUUUCUUUGUCUGCGAUCAGCUCAGACCCAGCUCAGAGACUCCAGGAUCAGUACUGGGAUAGCCUCAGAGUCGGACGCCCAGGCUUCGCUUACAUUAAACCUUUACUCACAAGCUUGGUCACCAGCAGAAUGACUCCAGGACCAGUGCUGUUACUGUGGGCUCUGGCUCUUCUCGCUACCGUGGCAAGCCAGGAGUAUGAGAACCGUAUGGAGAGCCAUAUCGACCGCUCUGUCCCCUGGAUCCACACCUUCCGCCAGGGGUUCAACUUCCAGUGUCCCCAUGGAGAGGUGCUGGUGGCCCUGCAGAGUGUCUUCAGUGAGAAGGAGGGAUCCGACCGCCUCUGGGCCUUCGAGUGCCAGCAGACUCCCACCACCCUGGGGCACCCCACAGAGUGCUGGUGGGACGACACCAACCGUGCUGGGAUGGAGUGGUCUUCAACAUGCGGCAACAAUGGUCUGGUGGCGGGGGUGAUGAGCAAGUACUUUGAGCCUGUCCUGGACCGUGAGUGGUCGUUCUACUGCUGUCGCUACAGCCGCCGCUGCCCCUACUCCUGCUGGAAAUCAUUGGAGGUGCCUGGGCAAUACAGAGAGGAGGGAGAGUUUGUCAUCCCCGGCUAUGGCUACUUCAUCAGAGGGGCCCAGACCACAUUCGAUGGAGUUCUCAGAGAUCGGCAGUGGAAGUACAUUGUGUGCAGAAUGACCGAUUUCGACUGUGAAUUUGAGAAUUUAUAGAUGUACAUUCAGACCCAGUAAACAAGGCGAGAGGGCCACUGCUAUUUGGCGAAGAGAGUCCCGUGUGCGACAAACUGCUGUUCUUACUACCAUCGACCAAGCAGAUGCUUCCCUCUACACAAACCCACAACAGAUCCCCUCCCAGUUAUCAUUAAGUCCAUUAUUCACCCUUGUUAAUGACAUCUCACUAUUUACUAUUAAUAUUGCAUUAUUCCUGAUUUUUGAUAAUCACCAUACUUGUUUUAUUUUUGGGAUGAAUGUUGUGUUAAGUUUUAGAUGUCAAAUUAUCAUCAUCAUUAUCUUUAUAUCUAUCAUAGCACCAUAGCAAUAUGAAUAAAAUGUCUGUGUACAGCACUUAGCCUACUUUUCAAAAUGAAAAGAAAUCAAGUAAUGGGUCUACUUGUUAUGCUAAAUAAAAGUCCAACGGUUGAACAAUAA